CUCAUCAUCUCACACCUUAAACAAUCACCAACCCGCUUACCAAAGAUUCUCGCAGUGAUUUCCGCAUCUCAAUCAUCACCCAACAGCUCAUUAAAUUCCUUCACUACUCGAAUAUCCUCAAUAACAGUUAACCCCGCGCAAUCACUCAGCUUCAUCGAUAAGGAGACGCGCUUGAGCGCCCAGGUCGCGAAUAUGGUACGCGACUACUCACCACCUGAAUCGCCGCUCUCAUCAGUGGACGAGUCAGACCAAUACGAAGAGGAUGGUCACGAAUACGAUGAAUCGACACUGCGACCCUCAAAGCGCCAGAGACUCGAAGCCGGUUCAACCACAUCAUCUGCUGUAGUUCCUGAUGUCGAAGCCGAAGCUGUCCCUGAGCCCGAUCCCCUCGAGGGCAUGUCCGAUGUGUCAUCGGAUACCUCAGGCGAUAUCCCCAGUUCCCCGAUCAAUGCUCGUCUCGACGAAGAAGACUUCCAGGAACAAGUCACGAAAUGCGACUGGGAUGGGUGUCCAGCGGGCGACCAGGGCAACAUGGACAAGCUGGUCGAACACAUCCAUAACUCGCAUAUUGAGAAUCGACAGAAGAAGUAUACCUGCGAAUGGAUGAGCUGUACUCGAAAGGGCCUGCCGCAUGCCAGUGGCUAUGCACUCAAGGCGCACAUGCGCAGCCAUACAAGGGAGAAGCCUUUUUACUGCUACUUACCUGAAUGCGACCGAUCUUUUACGCGAAGCGACGCAUUAGCCAAGCACAUGCGUACGGUUCACGAGACAGAAGCACUCCGUCCAUCUGACCCUGUUCCCAAGUCGAUGCAAGCUGGGCCACAGGGCAAGGGAGGCAAGAUAAAAAUCAUCAUGAAGACCAACCAACAAUCGCAAGGCCCUCAUGACGACAUGGACGAUGCUGCUAACGGCGAUGAAUCCAACGCCGAGUACUUUACACCAUUGACACCGGAUCUCUUCACCCCUGAUGAGCUUGAGCUUCCUGUCGACAAGCUGUACCGGAAGUGCCAUUGGGAGAGCAAGUGGGCCGAGGAGAUUGGAGAGUCUCUUACGAAAGAGUGCAAAGAGUGGGAGGAAAUGUACUACAAGGAGUGGCUCGAGAAGGAGGUGUUACUCUCGCAGGUCAUCAAGAGCGAGGUCAAUUGGCAUGAGCGACGACAGGCUAUUCUUACAGGGGUUGUCGAUGUCCACGUUCCUGGUGCCGUGGAUAGCGUCGAGGGUGAGGGAAGAAACGGUGCGAACGUUGAAAGUGAGGGAGUCGCCAACGGGACAAAGGUGGCAGAGCUCACUGCGUAGGAAAAUCUUUCACGAAGGAGCACCAAUAUCUUGACACCUCGGCGAAAUCCAGCUAGAAUUCGUCGGAUACCUCGACCAUGGCAGGUCUAGCUGCACGCUUUUGUACCAUAAACUUUUCACGGGAAGGGAGUUGAGGGAGUUGGGUUAUGAGGAAACUGGGAGCACAACACACGGGCUAUAGUUCCCGAUACAGCUGACUAAAAUCAUGAUUUAAUUCUAAACGAU